AUGAUCCACCGCGAAGUAGCCGAUGGUCUAGAGCGUCUUUGGAACGUAAGAGAAAACUGCAUAUGGGAAGCCGAUGAAAGUAGUCGCCAUGGAGAGGUUUAUAUAUUCGACCAUGUAUUUAACCAGGAAUGUACAAAUUCAGAUGUAUAUGGAUCUGUAGUAAAACCUUUAGUCGAUUCCUUCAUGGAAGGCCAAACAUCUUCUGGCAAAACACACACCAUUUUGGGCAAUAAAACAGAUCCUGGGCUUUUCCAAUUAGUAUCCAAUCAGUUAUUCCAGCAUGUGGCAGACCAGGUUGAUAAGAGGUACUUGAUUAGAUUCAGUUAUAUUGAAAUCUACAAUGAAAAGAUCAAUGACCUCCUGGAUAAGAGCAAUCAGGGUUUAACUAUAAGAGAAGAUAUCAAAGGAAAUGUGCUGCUUGAUGCAAGGGAAGCUGUCGUAGACAAUGUUGAUCAAGUUAUGGAGAACAUGAUGCAGAGCAAUAAGAUCAGACGAGUUGCAGCUACUCGCAUGAAUGAGAGGUCAUCUCGAUCACACACGAUUUUCCGGAUUAUUCUGGAGUCGAAAGAUGCCAAUCAGAAAGAUGGACCUGUACAUAUAAGCUACCUUAACUUAAUGGACUUAGCUGGUUCUGAGAGAGUUUCUCUGACGAAAGCUGCUGGUGAGCGUCUUAAGGAGGGGGCUAACAUAAACAAAUCUUUGUCAGUAUUAGGAAAUGUGAUAAGGCAACUAAGCGAGGUAGCCAUAAAGAUCAGACCAAUGAUCCACCGCGAAGUAGCCGAUGGUCUAGAGCGUCUUUGGAACGUAAGAGAAAACUGCAUAUGGGAAGCCGAUGAAAGUAGUCGCCAUGGAGAGGUUUAUAUAUUCGACCAUAUAUUUAACCAGGAAUGUACAAAUUCAGAUGUAUAUGGAUCUGUAGUAAAACCUUUAGUCGAUUCCUUCAUGGAAGGUUUCAAUGCCACAAUAUUUGCAUAUGGCCAAACAUCUUCUGGCAAAACACACACCAUUUUGGGCAAUAAAACAGAUCCUGGGCUUUUCCAAUUAGUAUCCAAUCAGUUAUUCCAGCAUGUGGCAGACCAGGUUGAUAAGAGGUACUUGAUUGGAUGCAGUUAUAUUGAAAUCUACAAUGAAAAGAUCAAUGACCUCCUGGAUAAGAGCAAUCAGGGUUUAACUAUAAGAGAAGAUAUCAAAGGAAAUGUGCUGCUUGAUGCAAGGGAAGCUGUCGUAGACAAUGUUGAUCAAGUUAUGGAGAACAUGAUGCAGGGCAAUAAGAUCAGACGAGUUGCAGCUACUCGCAUAAAUGAGAGGUCAUCUCGAUCACACACGAUUUUCCGGAUUAUUCUGGAGUCGAAAGAUGCCAAUCAGAAAGAUGGACCUGUACAUAUAAGCUACCUUAACUUAAUGGACUUAGCUGGUUCUGAGAGAGUUUCUCUGACGAAAGCUGCUGGUGAGCGUCUUAAAGAGGGGGCUAACAUAAACAAAUCUUUGUCAGUAUUAGGAAAUGUGAUAAGGCAACUAAGCGAGGGGAAGGAGUUUAUCAGUUAUCGCGAUUCGAAAUUGACUAGACUGCUCUCACAGGCUCUUGGCGGUAAUGCCAAAUCAUUGAUUAUCGGGAAUCUGCAGAGGAGGAGACUAGAUCUACACUAG